AUGAAAAACUAUGAAAAAUUUAAAAGGCAAAUAUCUUUGUGGGGAUUAGAGCAUCAAAAAAUUUUAAUGAGUAACUUUAUAUGUAUAUUAGGUAGCAAUUUAAUUACUUUAGAAAUUGCUAAAGGAUUAUUAUUAAGUGGAGUUAGUAACUUAACAAUUGUGGAUAAUGAAUUAGCAAAUUCUGAUGAUUCAAAAUAUUAUAUAUUUUGUACUAAUGUAGUAAAUAAUUAUAGAUGUAAAGUUAUAAAAAAUAAUUUAAUGAAUAUAAAUGAAAACGCAAAUAUUGAUUGUAUUGUUGAAAAUCCCAUACAGUAUUUUCAUAACGAAAUAUUAAAGAAUAAUAAUUCUUAUGAUAUUAUAGUUUGUAAUUUAUCAGUAAAAAACAAUUUAAUGAUAGAAAAACUUUGUAUAGAAAAUAAUAAAAAUGUUGUUACUUGUCAUUCGAAUGGAUUUCUAGGUUAUUUAAAUAUAUGCAUAAAAAACCACUUAUAUAUGGAUAAUGAUAAAAAUGAUGAUUUUUCUUAUUAUUACUAUUUAUCCAUUUCAUUAAAUAAUGAGUUAAAAGAAUAUGUAAAAAAUAUAGAAUAUAGUUAUUUUACAAAUAACACACCAUCAGACAAAAUUUUAUUUUUAGUUAAAUGUUAUCAAGAUUUUUGUAAUUUAAAAGAUAAAAAAAAAAUUAAUUUUUUGGAAUUUAUUAAAAAAAAAAAUGAAUUGACUAACCUACAUUUUAGUAUGAAGAAGAUAAAUAUUCUUAUAAAUUUAAAUGAAAUUAUCUUAAGGAUAAAUUAUUUUUUAAAGGAUAAAAAAUUAAUAAACAAAACCCAUUUAUUUAUAUUCUUAGUUGUAUAUAAAAGCUUUAUAAAAAAAAAAAAAAAGUUGCCUUAUUUAUUUGAUUUUAGCUUUAAUGAUAAAAAUAUUAAUAACAUUUUAAAAAAAAGAAACAUAUCAGACAAAAAAGAAAUUAAAUAUAUAAUUGAUAGAAAAAGAAAAAAAUAUAAUUUUAAGAAACGAUUUAAUAUAUCUUAUUUUACUUAUUUUUUUUCUAAUUUUCAUUUUAUAAGGAAAAAAGAAAACAACAAAAAUGAAAAUAGUAUAUUUAAUAAUUUUUUAGACUUUUUAUAUUUAUAUAUAGUUAGUUCUUACCAAAAAACUCAUGAAAAUAAUGUUCAUCUCUUAAAAAAUGAAAAAUAUUUUUCUGACAGUUCUUCUGAAGAAAAAAAAUGUGAUUCAAAUAAUAAAAUUUUAAAAAGAAAAAGUAAAAUAUUGUCAUGCAAUAAAAAAAAUGAUAUCCUAAAUUUUUAUAAAAAUCCUCUUGUUGUUAACCUUAAAAAGAAAGGAAAUACAAAAUAUCAACAGGAAAUAAGAUAUAAAUCCUUUUUGUCUAAUAAAAAUGAAAAAUCCAUAGUACGUUUAUAUUCAUUAAUAGAUAUAAAUAAAAGCUUUUUACUACAAAAUAUAGAAAAAAUUAACAAUAUAUUUAUUACUUAUAAUAAAUAUUCUAAUAUUAAUAAUAACUGCGUAUCACUACUUUUAGCAGGAUUAAUAACUCAGGAGGUAUUAAAAAUAUGUACUCUUUUUUUAAAACCUUAUUUAAAUUAUUUCUUUUAUAAAAGAUAUGAAUAG